AUGUUAGAGAGGUGGAGGCGCCCCUUCAUUAUCUUCUCCAUAUACUCCAUUUUGUUGUGUCAUUUUUUAUUUUUAUUUUUUACCAAGCUAGUUGUGAUACGCCGCGUAUCGUUAAGUGGCGAAGGAGGAAGAAGGAACGAAAGCGAAAAAUAA